AUGUCGAUUUCGGGCAUCCAGGGUCAACCUCUGGAGGUUACGGUGGUGUCGUGCUCCAAGUUGAAGGACACGGAAUGGAUUUCAAGGCAAGAUCCGUAUGUUUGUGUUGAAUAUGGGAGCACUAAGUUCCGAACCAGAACCUGCACAGACGGCGGAAAAAACCCCGUUUUCCAAGAGAAGUUCGUCUUUCCCCUCAUCGAAGGCCUUCGGGAGCUCAAUGUCCUUGUUUGGAACAGCAACACUCUCACCUUCGACGAUUUUAUCGGAAGCGGAAAGAUUCAAUUGCACAAGGUUCUCUCUCAAGGUUUCGACGACUCUGCUUGGCCACUUCAGACCAAAUCUGGCAGAUACUCUGGUGAAGUAAAAGUCAUUUUGCAUUAUGCAAUUGCAAAUCAAAGGCAGAAAUCAGGUUCAACCCAUGCUCCUUCUGCACCUCCCUAUGUGCCAACAGCAACUCCUCCACCCCUUUCUUUGUAUUCUGCUCCGCCUGCCGCUUCCUACCCACCUCCUCCAUCUGCUACUUCCUCCUAUCCACCACAUCUCUCUGCAACUCCUUACCAUACAACUGGAUCAUACCCAUCAGUACCAUCCACGGCCCCAUACCCACCACCUCCCACAGCUUACCCACCCUAUCCCUCACAUUCAUCUCCCUAUCCACAGCCCUCAUACCCUGCAUCAUCUCCCUAUCCACCCUCCUCAUAUCCUCCUCCCCCCUCUUAUCCCCCUGCUUCAGCUUAUCCACCACCUCCAUAUCCACCGCCUGCAGGUUAUUCUCCUGGAAUAUACCCUCCACCGCCAUACUGA